CCCCUCGCUCCCUCCCCACCCUCCCGGCUCUUCCGUCCCUCCCUGCCGCGUGCCUCGCCCCUCCCCCACGCCUCCGUCUCCUCCAGAGGCGGCAGCAGGAGCCGCUUCGGCAGAGCCGGAGAUGGGCAGAGAGCGCGCGCGGCGCGGCAGCAGCUCAAGGUCCACCGCUCUCCGCGGCCGCAGCUCCCCGCGCCCCUGCCUCAGCCUUCGCCGCCUGCGUUUCCCCCGGCUCCAGUCCCGCUCUUAGGACAGCGCCGCCACCGCCGUCGGCCCUGCCUGCCGCCAGCGCCGAGCAGCCCUCGCGCGCGCCCCGUAUGGCGCUUUCCCCCCGGGACCGGUGUAGCAUGUAAUAACUCAAGGAUCUGAUAUUACAGUGGCGUGGUUUAACAACUGUCUGUGUGCUUCCCAUGAUAUGUUCUCUAAAUUAAAAAACUAUGACAUCAACAUCCAAAGGAAUUCUCCGCCCAUUCUUAAUUGUCUGCGUUGUCCUGGGCUGCUUCAUGGCGUGUCUGCUCAUUUACAUCAAGCCCACCAACAGCUGGAUCUUCAGUCCAAUGGAGUCAGCCAGCUCUGUGCUGAAAAUGAAAAAUUUCUUCUCCACCAAAACUGAUUAUUUUAAUGAAACUACCAUUCUGGUGUGGGUGUGGCCGUUUGGGCAGACCUUUGACCUUACAUCCUGCCAAGCAAUGUUCAAUAUCCAAGGAUGCCAUCUCACAACAGACCGUUCACUGUAUAACAAGUCUCAUGCAGUUUUGAUCCAUCACCGAGACAUCAGUUGGGAUCUGACUAAUUUACCUCAGCAAGCUAGGCCACCCUUCCAGAAAUGGAUUUGGAUGAAUUUGGAAUCACCAACUCACACUCCUCAAAAGAGUGGUAUCGAGCACUUGUUCAACCUGACUCUGACUUACCGCCGUGACUCAGACAUCCAAGUGCCUUAUGGCUUCUUGACAGUGAGCACCAACCCCUUCGUGUUUGAAGUGCCAAGUAAAGAGAAAUUGGUGUGCUGGGUUGUAAGUAACUGGAAUCCUGAGCAUGCCAGGGUCAAGUAUUACAAUGAGCUAAGCAAAAGCAUUGAAAUCCAUACCUAUGGGCAAGCAUUUGGAGAAUAUGUCAAUGAUAAAAAUUUGAUUCCUACCAUAUCCACUUGUAAAUUUUACCUUUCUUUUGAAAAUUCAAUCCACAAAGAUUACAUCACAGAAAAGCUUUACAAUGCUUUUCUGGCUGGCUCUGUUCCUGUUGUUCUUGGGCCCUCUAGGGAAAACUAUGAGAAUUAUAUUCCUGCAGAUUCAUUCAUUCAUGUGGAAGAUUAUAACUCUCCCAGUGAGCUAGCAAAGUAUCUGAAAGAAGUUGAUAAAAACAAUAAGUUAUACCUUAGUUACUUUAACUGGAGGAAGGAUUUCACUGUAAAUCUUCCACGAUUUUGGGAAUCACAUGCAUGCUUGGCUUGUGAUCAUGUGAAAAGGCACCAGGAAUAUAAGUCUGUUGGUAAUUUAGAGAAAUGGUUUUGGAAUUAAAAUUUUUCAUCAUUCGCACACUAGGUAAAACAUUUUGUUGUAAUAUCUUCCAAGUUUUGAAGAUAAGAAAAGAAAAAAUACUCUACUUUUGUGUCACAAUUUAUUUUUACCAUCCUCUCUUGAGUAACAUGUAUAUUUUGGUGGUAAUUUUUAAAAAGUUCAGCAUAUGCAGUCAUUCCAUUUGGUUUUAAAUUAUCCUGUAUAUACCUAAUUAUGUUCGUGGCAAAAUAAUAUAUUCUUCAUAUCAUUUGUAAACAUUUUUUAUUCACAGUUUCACAGUUUUGUAAUUGUCCAUAAUAUAAGUUUGUGAUUUGAUUAUUGUUUCUAUGUUGAUCAGCUAUUUAAUCUAUUUCGGAGAUAAAGAUCCUCAUCUUAAAAUGUGAAUGAUUUUCACUAAGUAUUAUAAUCAGUCUUUCCAAGUUUACAUACUGUAACAAAGAAAAGAACAUAUUGCAAUUGAGUCCUAACUUUUCUGACUUUGAAGUUGAGCCAAGUGUAUAAUUGUCUCUAUUUGAUCUAUUUUUUACCUAUUUUCCACAUUUGUGAAGGCAGAAUUAUUCAGGUAGUGAAUAAGAAAGAUGUGAAGCAGUAUUGUUCUAUUCAGGAAGAUAUUAGACUUCCCAUUUAUUUUCAUUAAGCUGACUUGCAAAUGCAGCUACUUAUUCUUAUGAUCUCGAGUAAAUUAUUUAAGUAUUUUUAAAUAUCUAAUGUGUUAUAAUUUUCAGUACCUGGAAAAUAGUCCUAAUGACAUUUAAUAAAAUCUAAGACAGUUCUACCAUUCUCUUCCUGACACUGAUAAUACUCACUAUUGUAAUAAAAUAAGUAAUUUCCUCACAUAACAAAGAAAACAGAUAUUGGAUAUCUAUAAAUACAAGGUGGACAUAAAUUUCUUGUGCAAUUUACUAUUUUAUAUAUGGUACUAUUAUGAAUAAUUUUUAAUUAUCAAUUUAUUUGGGGAUUUUGGGGGUUUUUUCUUUUUUGUUUGUUUUUUAUUUUUUUAUUAAAUCCUAAACACAUAGAUCAUAUAUACAUUAAUGCAUUUAUGGGGUACAGUGUGCUGAUUUCAUAUAGAAUUAGGAAUGUUUACAUCACACUGGUUAAUAUAUACCUCAUUUCAUUUACUUAAUUAUUGUGUUAAGACAUUUAUACUCUAUACUAAUAGAUCCAACAUGUACCCUUGCAUUUUGCACCAUAGGUGUGAUCCCACCAUUCACCCUCCCUGGAUCUGAACUCCCCCCGCCCCUCUCAUUCCCUCUCCUCCCUCCUCCAUCUUGGGCCAUAGUUGUGAUCUAUUCUUCAUAUGAAAGCGUGAGUGAUUGUAAAUUGGUUUCAUAAUAGUACUGAGUACAUUGGUUAUUUUUUCUUCCAUUCUUGAGAUACUUUACUAAGUAGGAUAUGUUCCAGCUCCAUCCAUGUAAAUGUAAAAGAGGUGAAGUCUCCAUCUUUUUUUAAGGCUGCAUAAUAUUCCAUGGUAUAACAUAUGCCACAAUUUAUUAAUCCAUUCAUGGGUCAAUGGGCACUUGGGCUUCUUCCAUGACUUGGCUAUUACUUAUCAAUUUAAAAUAUUUUUUUUCUGAAGUCCCAAUACCUAACACAGUUUUAUUUUACUAUAUAGACAAAUAAAUAGACAUACCAUUUAAGUCAUCAUUAUCAGUUGAUUUUGGUUCUAUCACUUAAGAGACUGUAAAUGAAAUUAUCAUCAAGGUAUUAAAUAUAAGAUAUUAAACUUAAUAAAAUGGAGAUCUAUAGGAAACACACAAUGAUAAUACAGAGUAGGAUAUAAAUUAAGAUUUAUUGAAUGAAUAAAUACAUGGCAUUAGAAGUCAUGGGAAAAUUUUUGUUACAGUAAAGUGUCAGUUUUACAUUAGAGGUCCUAAUUGAAGUGAUGUCUUAUGUUCCAUUUUAGUAACUGUUUAUACAUAGCACAUUUGAUGAGGGCUUUA